GGGCCCCGCCGGGGUCACAGCACCCCCCUUCCCCCCGCGGCCUGGCCAGAACGCCGGCCGGGCUAUUUUUACGCGCGCGCGGACACCGGACACCGGGCUGGAGCGCCGGCGGUGGCGGCGGCGGCGGGCCGGGCGUCGGGGCCACACGUCGGUCGGCGGCUGUCCGGCGCGCCAUGGAGCCGCCGUGCGGCUGCUGCGAGCGGGUGGUGCUCAACGUGGCCGGGCUGCGCUUUGAGACGCGGGCGCGCACGCUCGGCCGCUUCCCGGACACGCUGCUGGGGGACCCGGCGCGCCGCAGCCGCUUCUACGACGGCACUCGCGGCGAGUACUUCUUCGACCGGCACCGGCCGAGCUUCGACGCCGUGCUCUACUACUAUCAGUCGGGCGGGCGGCUGCGGCGGCCGGCGCACGUGCCCUUGGACGUCUUCCUGGAGGAGGUGGCCUUCUACGGGCUGGGCGCGGCGGCGCUGGCGCGUCUGCGCGAGGACGAGGGCUGCCCGGUGCCGCCCGAGCGGCCGCUGCCCCGCCGCGCCUUCGCGCGCCAGCUCUGGCUGCUCUUCGAGUUUCCCGAGAGCUCACAGGCCGCGCGCGUCCUGGCCGUCGUCUCGGUACUCGUCAUCCUGGUGUCCAUCGUUGUCUUCUGUCUCGAGACGCUGCCCGAUUUCCGCGACGAGCGCGACGACCCUGGACUCGCGGCCGUGGCCGCUGCCGCCGCCGCUGGCCCGCUCUCCGCUCGGCUCAAUGGCACCAGCGCCGGGCCUGCCCCUGCACCCCGCCUGCCCUUCCAUGACCCCUUCUUCUUGGUGGAGACUCUGUGCAUCUGCUGGUUCUCUUUCGAGUUGCUCGUGCGCCUGUUGGCUUGCCCCAGCAAGGCCGUUUUCUUCAAGAACGUCAUGAACCUCAUCGAUUUUGUGGCCAUCCUGCCCUACUUCGUGGCCCUGGGAACCGAGCUGGCCCGGCAGCGGGGAGUGGGCCAGCCGGCCAUGUCCCUGGCCAUCUUGCGGGUCAUCCGGCUGGUGCGUGUCUUCCGCAUCUUCAAGCUGUCCCGCCACUCCAAGGGCCUGCAGAUCCUGGGGCAGACGCUGCGGGCCUCCAUGCGAGAGCUGGGCCUCCUCAUCUUCUUCCUGUUCAUUGGCGUGGUCCUUUUCUCCAGCGCCGUCUACUUCGCUGAAGCUGACCGUGUAGACACCCACUUCACCAGCAUCCCCGAGUCCUUCUGGUGGGCGGUGGUCACCAUGACCACAGUCGGCUACGGAGAUAUGGUGCCCGUCACUGUGGGGGGCAAGAUAGUGGGCUCGCUGUGUGCCAUCGCCGGGGUCCUCACCAUCUCCCUGCCCGUGCCCGUCAUCGUCUCCAACUUCAGCUACUUUUACCACCGGGAGACGGAGGGCGAAGAGGCGGGCAUGUACAGCCACGUGGAUACGCAGCCCUGUGGCACGCUGGAGGGCAAGGCCAACGGGGGGCUGAUGGAUGGGGAGAUGCCUGAACUGCCCCCGCCGCUCUGGGCGCCCCCGGGCAAACACCUGGUCACCGAAGUGUGAAGACAGUGGAGGUCUGAAGGACCUCGCACCUGUUUGGAGGGAGAGAAGGAAGAAAGGAGGGAAAGAGGGAGGGAAGGAGGGGUGCAGGGCAAGGCCAGAGGAAUGGGGGGCUGGAUUUAGGAAGAACUAGACUAGUUUGGUCAUCGCUGGGGAAACACUGAGCCUUCUGGCGGGACCAUGGACCCCUAGUGUCCGGGGACAGCUGUGAGCAGGGGGCUUCGCUGGUUCAGCUUGCGUUGAGUUGUGCGAUACCCUGCGGGGUUUCAGGACAAGUGUGUGGAGAUAGUUUUGGUCCCGCCAUUGUGUGCGUUUCCUGGGUCCAUGCUGGGUAGGGCCAGGUGGCAAGGCAGGCCGAGUCUUGUCUAAACGGCAUUGGACAGGACGCUGUGAUUUUAUGAAUCACCUGGGGCCAGGUGAGGACGAGGCGGUCACCCAGGGCGUUGCUGAGAGCGACUGUGCAGUCACACGUCGCGUGGUGGCCGAGCCUCCUGGAGAUGUGUUGGAAGCAUGUGGGUGGCUCUGCGGACCGUGUCCGUUCAUGUCCUGGGUGCUUGGAAGCCAUGUACAACAAUCAGCUGACGGCAUGUGAGCUGUGCAGGUCACGAUGGGUUCAGCUGAGCUGGCAGACGUGGGCAGAUGGGGCGUUCAGGCUUCUGUUGGCUUGAGCUGUGUAGAUGCGCAGCUGGCAGCUCCCGUGGGGGCUGCCCUG